GCCUUCUGUCUGCACAUCAGUGAGCUCGUGACUGACUAGAACUAGAGCGUACCCUCUGGAUUGGAAUACUUUGCCCGCCCGCGAGGAUUUCCCCAGCCAGUUACUCACACUCGCACCGUAUCCACAACAGCACUUGCAUAAUGCCCAAGUCAAAGGAAGUACUGUCUUCAACGUCUGGUAGUGACUCAGACAGUGAGGUCGACACAAAGGCCAAAAGGAAGAGGUCAGUGACUCCAGAGAAAUCAUCAAAGAAGCAGAAGGGCGGCGAAAGCUCCAAAGCUAGCGGAGCCUCCAAAAGCAGCAGCAGCAAAAAAGACGACAACAUGUUUCAGAUCGGAAAGAUGCGAUACGUGAGCGUGCGGGACUUCAAAGGAAAAGUCCUGAUUGACAUCCGCGAGUACUGGAUAGACCAGGAGGGCGAGAUGAAGCCAGGACGCAAAGGCAUCUCUCUGAACCCAGAGCAAUGGAGUCAGCUGAAAGACCAGAUCUCUGAGAUUGACGAUGCUGUGAAAAGGACAUAAGAUGUCUACUCCACCCCGACCCCCCUUCCCUCCCCUCCCCCAGACACCUGGACUGGUGUUUUUCUAAACUGCUUUACAACUCUUUUCCAUUAUUGUUUUUUUCAUAAUGUUUUUAUAAAGGAAGACCCAUUUUUAAAUAACGGGCCAGGACCGCACUGUGUAUAUUUUGUAGCUCAGUAUUUUUAUUUUCCUUUGUUUGUUCCUUGCAACGUCCAUUUUUAAGUCAUGAUUGUUAAUCGUUUGUUGAAGGGUACCUGUAUGCUGUAGUAGUGUUUGGUUGGGUAAGGUUUCAUUGGGUUGCGUUAGGACUAGUACAAAACAAUAAACGUUUGACCGAGA